AAAGAGAAUGCAAAGAAAUGGGUGGAGAGGAAGUAAGGGAAGCAGAGUGAGCGAGCAGUAAUGUUAACUUGUGGAGCAAAAUGGAUGUCAGCCUCUCCAAUUCCAUCCAAAUGCUCACGGCCUUCUUCUUCUUCAUCUUCUUCCACCAAUAACUAUCGACCCGCCGUCAUUCUCCCGGGGUUAGGGAACAAUUCCGGUGACUACCAGAAGUUGGAGGCAACUCUGAACAAUAACUACGGUGUGUCCACCGUUGUUGCCAAGGUGUCAAGACCUGAUUGGCUCCGGAAUGCCGCUGGUUUGAUCGAUCCCAAUUACUGGCGUGGCACUCUUCAACCAACGCCCAUCCUCGAUUGGUAUUUGAAGAGAGUUGAUGAUGCUGUUCAAGAGGCCAUGGAUUUAGCACCUCCUGAGACCACUCUAUCAUUGAUUGGUCACUCGGCCGGAGGAUGGCUUGCGCGUCUGUAUAUGCAGCAAUUUGGGGUGUCCAAUAUAUCACUGUUAUUAACUCUUGGAACCCCUCAUCAUCCACCUCCAAAAGGCGUCCCUGGUGUUAUCGAUCAAACCAGGGGUCUCCUUGAUUAUGUUCAACAAUAUUGCUCCAAACCUGUUUACACCCCUCACCUCAAGUAUGUAUGCAUAGCAGGAAGGUAUAUUCAAGGGGCUCCCCUUUUUGGAAACUCAAAUCCAAAUGCUGAGCCUGCACUUCCUACAGAUACUUCUCAUCUACUUCCCGAGGAGGCUGCUAUUAUCAAAGCUGCAACCACUUCUUCACCUAACAUAACAUUGCGUGCUCGCUUUGUUGGCCAAGGAUACAAGCAGGUUUGUGGGCAAGCAGAUGUAUGGGGCGAUGGUGUUGUGCCAGAAGUAUCAGCUCAUCUUGACGGUGCACUUAACAUUUCCCUGGAUGGAGUUUACCACUCCCCGGUUGGUUCAGAUGAUCUCAUUAGACCAUGGUAUGGUUCCCCUGAUGUGUUGGAACAAUGGAUAGAACACCUCUUUAAUUAGCUUGAAGAUGCUAGUGAAUGCUAUUACUGUACCAUUAUAGAAAAUGAUUUUCAUUCUUCUUGUAUUUAUGGCUAUUGUUUCGUUUAUCACAAAGCAAUAUUUCCCUGGCCUUUCUAAUCUGUUUGCUACUGGUAUGUCUAUAGAGGUCAUAACCUAAUUGAUAUUUUUAGGGAUCAUAGCUCAUUUGUCUCA